AAAUGGCUGCAAAAAUUUUGUUUUCCUUGUGCUUUCUAGUUUGGAUUUCUGAAGCACACAUUCAAAACAAAAUUUUCAAUGUGAUGGAUUAUGGUGCAAUUGCAGAUGAAAAGACAGAUAACAGUGUGGCAUUUUUGAAAGCAUGGAGUGAUGCUUGCAAAGCAUAUGGAAAAGUAACAAUGUUGAUUCCACAAGGGACAUAUUUGCUAAAAGAAGUUAUAUUUUCUGGUCCAUGUAAUGGUUGGACAAUCUUCAAAAUUGAAGGUGUAUUGAAGGCUCCAAUUGAUCCAUAUUCAUUCAAAAGUGAUUCAUGGAUAAAUUUUAGGUAUAUCAAGAAUUUGAUGGUGAGUGGACCUGGAACAUUGGAUGGUCAAGGAUCCUAUGCUUGGUCUUUAAAUGACUGCCAAAAUAAUCCAAAAUGUCGCCCUCUUCCUACUACAAUGACAUUUGAUUUCGUUACCAAUGGUUAUGUCCAUCACUUACGUUCAAUAAACAGCAAACAAGGGCAUUUUCUAUUAUUUGCGUGUCAGAACAUGACAUUCACAAAACUAAGAAUUUCAGCCCCCAGUGAUAGUCCUAAUACAGAUGGUAUAAAAAUAGGGAAGUCAAAUGGAAUAAACAUAACAAGUGUUUACAUUGGAACUGGUGAUGAUUGCAUUGCUAUGAUCUCUGGUACUAGGAAUGUUCGGAUUUCAGAUGUUUUUUGUGGUCCUGGUCAUGGAAUUAGUGUUGGAAGUCUUGGUAAGAAUGAUGGUGAAGAAGAUGUUGCAGACAUACAAGUGAAGAAUUGCACUUUUAGUGGCACAACUAAUGGUGUUAGAAUUAAAACAUGGCCUUCUCCAUUGUCUAAAACUUUGAAGGCAUCUAAUUUUAAUUAUGAAGAUAUUGUCAUGAAUAAUGUAGAUAAUCCUAUUAUCAUUGAUCAACAAUAUUGUCCAAGUCGUCGUUGCGACAAUCAGGUGCCUUCAAAUGUGCAAAUAAGCAAUGUAUCAUACAAAAAUAUUCGAGGAAGUUGCGAUACCGAAGUUGCAGUUAGUCUGAAUUGUAGUGAACAUAAGCCAUGUCAAAACAUUAUAUUGGAGAAUAUUGAUUUGUGGCGUUAUCAUGAUGAAGCAAAAAGAAGAUUAACCAAUUUGUGUUCAUAUGUUCAUGGUGCUUCUUAUGGCAAACAGAAUCCCCCAUCUUGCAUAUAGUGGAUUCAUUUCAUUGGUGUUUUUUUAAGAAACCAAUUUAUUUCAUUGUUUUUUAAGAAAUCUAUCAGUAAAAAAGAG